AUGGCUCGUGUAAAUCCAGAAUCGUCUGGGUUGCGGCAGCGCCGCAGUGAUGGGGGCGUGAGAGGCGUGACUUGCCUGCCUUCCGUGUUUGACCAGGUGGAUUGCUUCGCCGUGAAGCAAAACGUGGAAUACUUCGAAGCAGUCACUGGUAUUGAGACGGAGAACUCCUACCAGGUCCUCGGCGCUGUGCAAGGGCGCCCAGUUUUUGGUCCUGUUGCCGCCCAAGAAAGCUCCGGCUUCCUUGCAAGGAUGUGCUGUGGCAAUCGCCGGCCGUGGAUCAUACGCCUUGGACCAAAAGACCCUGUGCUGGUGGUGAAACGGCCUUUCCGCUGGGCCUUGCAGGAAGUUGAGGUCUAUGGCAACGAAGGACUGCUAUUGGGAACAGUGAAACGCAGUUGGAGGGGAUGGCCCUUACAGCGAAAUUUUUUGAUCAAGGAUCAGAAUGGUGAGCUUCAACUGCAGAUAGCCUGUCCGUUCCUUUCCUUUGGCUGGAAUUUCACGGUGGAAGACCUCGAUGGUGCGGAGCUUGGCAGAAUCUCGAAGAAGCUCAGCCUCUCCGCCAAAGGCAUCGCGCAGGAGCUGUUCACAGACGCGGACAAUUUCGGUUGUGAAUUCUCUGCUCGCUUGUCGCCAGCGUGCAAGGCAUUGCUGCUCGGAGCCGUAUUCCUCAUCGAUUUCUGUUUCUUCGAAGACAACGAGGUCCAGCACCAACAAGGGCGGCGGCGUCGCUGA